AGACUCAGUAACCACUCCUUGGUGACAAGACUCGUAGUAACCACUCCCUGGUCUCUGCCUUCCACCAGCCCACCGUCUCUUCUCUCUGUCUCAAAAAGUUUAAUGUCAAAAGAACCAGUGACCUGAUCUCGUGAACCUAAACGAAGAAACCAAAAUCUUUAGAAUCACAAACAUCCAUUGAUUCAAUCUUUGACCACUCCACUCCAUCACUAUAAAUACCUUCGUUGCCAUGACAACGUUAACAACAAAGCUAACAUCAACCACACAUUAUCCAAGAAAACCAAGAAACUUUCUUCACAUUUUCAUGGCUUCACUUCUCUCUUUCUCUCUCCUUUCUCUCUUCCUCUUCCUCUCCCUCUCCUCCUCCGCCACUUUAAAGAUAAACCACCAACCCCCCACGAAACAAGAACAAAAACAAAUAUCAAAACCACCUUCCUUCGCUACAACAACCCCACCUGGGAUUCUCCAAGCUUGUAAAGCCACUAGAUUACAGGACACUUGUGUCUCUUCUUUGUCUAACGCUAAUGUCCCUCAAAAUCCAACCCCACUUCAAAUCAUCCAAUCAGCAAUCUCUGUCUCCGACACUAACCUCAAAACUGCCCAAUCAAUGGUCAAGUCUAUCCUAGAGUCGUCCGCAGGGAAUAUAGACCGCACAACAGCCGCAAAAAACUGCAUGGAGGUGUUAAACAAUUCACAGUACCGUAUAACAAGAUCAGCGCGUGAUGCUUUGCCACGUGGAAAGAUCAAGGACGCUAGAGCUUGGAUGAGUGCUGCGUUGUUGUACCAAUACGAUUGUUCCAACGCAUUGAAGUACGCGAAUGACACGUCUCUCACCAACCAGACGAUGUCGUUUUUAGACACCUUGAUGAGUUUCUCCAGUAAUGCUCUGAGCAUGAUCGUGUCUUACGAUGCUUUUGGUAAUGACACCAAGUCGUGGGGCCCACCAAAAACAGAACGGGACGGGGUUUGGGAACUCGGGUCGGGUGGGGAUUUCGGUUCAGAGUUUAGGGGUGGGAUUCCGUCCAAUUUAACGCCGGAUGUGACGGUAUGUAAGAACGGGAAUGACAACGGGUGCUAUAAAACGGUGCAGGAGGCGGUCAAUACGGCACCGGAUAAUGAGUGGGGACGUAGGUACGUGAUAUCUAUCAAGGAGGGGGUUUAUGACGAGAUUGUUAGAGUGCCGUUAGAGAAAAAGAAUGUAGUGUUUUUAGGGGAUGGGAUGGGCAAAACAGUAAUUACAGGGUCGUUAACUGCGGGCCAGCCUGGGAUUUCUACCUACAACACAGCAACAGUUGGAGUUCUUGGUGAUGGAUUUAUGGCCAGAGGACUAACAAUCCAGAACACAGCAGGAGCCCCCACCCACCAAGCAGUUGCUUUCAGAUCAGAUGGUGAUCUGUCCAUUAUAGAGAACUGUGAAUUCCUAGGCAGUCAAGACACUUUAUAUGCUCAUUCGCUUCGCCAAUUCUACAAAUCAUGCCGCAUUGAGGGAAAUGUGGACUUCAUUUUUGGAAACUCAGCUGCAAUAUUUCAAGAUUGCCAGAUAUUAGUCCGUCCAAGGCAAGAAAAUCCAGAAAAAGGUGAAACUAAUGCUGUCACAGCGCAUGGCAGGACAGACCCUGCCCAAUCAACGGGUUUCGUCUUUCAAAAUUGUCUGAUCAAUGGAACUGAGGAAUAUAUGGCACUAUAUAGAAGCAACCCUAGCGUGCACAAGAAUUUCUUGGGAAGGCCAUGGAAGGAAUACUCAAGGACUGUUUUUGUACACUGUAACUUGGAAGCUCUUGUAACACCACAAGGAUGGUUGCCAUGGAGUGGAGGUUUUGCACUUGAAACACUUUACUAUGGAGAAUUUGAGAAUUCUGGACCAGGAUCUAAUUCGUCUCAGAGAGUAACAUGGAGUAGUCAGAUUCCUGCACAGCAUGUAGAUGCAUAUUCAGUGCAGAAUUUCAUUCAAGGAGACGAGUGGAUUCCAACGUCUUCUUGAUCGUUUUGUCUAGUUAGCUACAAUAAUAACAAGGCCAUCUGCCGAGAGUUGUUAGCAGAACCUGUAGUAUUAGACACAAUUUGGCGAGGAUGAAUCCCUCCGUAAUUACAAAAUUCGUGAAAUGACGACAAAAUUUCCCAUUUGAAGUCA